AUGGCUGUCUUCUUCGGUUGUGUCAUAUGUGCUUGGGAAAGUGGUCAAAUCAUUAAAUUUCUCAACUGUUUCUGGUGUGCUCCGGAUAUUAUUCGUGGCUCAGCAGCUUCUGAAUUGGGGGUGCAUUCAUCUGGUAGUACCUUGUCAACUUGA